AUGGCGGGGCUGCCUGGUGCCCCGCGCGCCCGGAGCGGCUCCCCGGGCACCGCCCCGGCCCUGGACGGCACCUUCCUGUGCUCGCCCCUCGGGGGGCUGAUGGGCACCCAGGCCGUGCUCGGCUUACUGGUGUGGUCUCUCAUCGCUGCCACAACGUACCACCUGCACGCGGCCUACGGCUGGGUGAUGUUUGUGGCCCUCUUCUGCUGGAUACUAACACUCCUUUUCUUCAUGACUUACCUCCUGCAGCUUCAGCUGAAGUUUUACGUGAUCCCCUGGCCCCUCGUGCUGAUGAUCUACAACGCCGUGGCCACCGUCCUGUACAUCAGCGCCUUCGUCACGUGCGCGGCCGCCGUCCAGCCGACGUCCUGGCGGCAGUGGGAUUACAACCGCAGAGCCGCGGCCUCCUUCUUUGCCUGUGUCACCAUGAUCAUCUACGGGGUGAGCACCUUCUUCAGCUUCCGCGCCUGGAAAGGGCUCGGCAGCAACGCGGCCACCAGCCAAGUGACUGACCACGUGUAAGGAGUGGACAGCAAAGGCACCCACGGGUGCCCAG